AUGGAUUCGAGGUGGAGGAGCUUUUGCGUGAAUUUCACGUCGGAGCCGGCGGUGGUGGCCGGAGUACUGGCGGCAUGGUUGCCGUUAAAAGGCUUGUGGCCGGAAAAACCCGUGUCUUGGAACAUGGCCACUGUCGCACACGAAGCAGGCGCGCCUAUCUUGUCUAAGGGCUGCAGCCGGAGUGUGCCUGCCUGCCGUGAAUGGCUUGGUGCUCGCCGGAAUUUGGUGCAUCUCGGGUGCCCUCGAAUCUCCUUGCCUGAAAUCGUGGUUUCUAGUGCUCGUGGAUCGCCGACUCGCACGAAUUUCUCGUUGCCGGAAAAUUGGUGGCCUCCUUCUUGCCGAGGAAGAUGA